AUGUUACAGAGGUCAAGGAUCGCAGGCAUGUUGGAUUUGCAAUGUACCUGUACAGAACAUGGAAGCAAGUGCAGGUAUUUCCUACUAGGUAUGGAGUGCGCUCCAGCAAAGGCGGUGCACAUGUACCUCGUGCAGCACAGAGCAUCGUAUGUCUGCGCAUGUACAUGUACAUUUCCGGGCACUCAAUUAUCCCCCUCCGUUGUCGGUGCGCAGAUCCAACUCUCGUCUCUCUCUUCUCUCUUCCUUGCCCGCAGCUUCCCAUUUCCACCCACGCAUAAAAUUGAGGUCCUCGACGGCAACGUUAUGAUGCGAUGGGUUGCUGGGCCUGGACUGCAGUUGCAUGAGGAUUGCAUCGCCUUCUCCACUCCUGCGUUCUACAUGCGGAUAAAUGGCUAUUGGUCUCCGCUCCAUGACAGCCAUCCAACCUUGAAUCAUGCCUCUCGCCAGGGUCGUCGGUACAGAUACAAGCAAACAAGAAACCAGCCCCCGGAGCAGAUGUGCCACUCCGGGCUACUGCUCCGUAUUACUAGCUGUACGCCGUGCCGGUCGAAUCCUGCUGUCCUGCGCUGUGAUGUGAUGGAUGUCAUGGACACAAGAAGCGAGUGCCAACCACCAUCUAUCUGCUGAUUGAUAUGCGA